UUGGAACAGUCCUCUCUAAUGAGCAGAUUUUCUGAGAGAGAGAGACAGCUACAGAAAAAUCACGGAGAGAGAGAGACAGCGAUCCGGCCGUCAGAGGAGACUGGGAGCGGGGCAGCAGCAGGCUGUGCGUCAGCCGGUGCUCCAUAGGGAAACAUGGAGAUGAGCAGGAGAGGACGCGGAGCAGCGCGGAUCACAUAGAUGGAUGUUGUUUAAUCAAAACAGGCAACAACCAGGCAACCUGAAGGCAACCCACGCAGAGGAUAAACCACUUAUGGACGCAGUGGAUUAAACCUGCAUUCAGACUGAGGCAGAAAGAGCGAGAGGGGAAAUUCAUCAGUUUACUUCUUUAUUUUUUAUUGUCGGAGUGUGCGCACUUUGUUUCUCUCUCUGAGUGUGUUUGCGUGUGCGGGUGCGUGUGAGUGUGUGUGUGUGUGUGUGUGUGUGGCUGCAGAAGGUAGGAGACUGCAUUGCUGUUCAGCCUUCAAAGCUGAGUAUCUUUGUGUUUUCCCCCAUUUUCACUCUCUCCCUCCCGCAUGCAUUGUGCGGUAACACUCAAUAUGCAUGUGAGAAGGAAAAGACAAUGAGUCUGAAGUGAGAGCCUUUUUUACAUUUUUUUUAUUUUUCUGGAUUUUUGGGAAUAAGCUAAGAGGAGAAAAUAUUUUUCAUUUCCAUAAAUAUUUUUAAAAAAUUUUUUUGGAGGGCCUUGACCGGGUUUGAGCCUCCGCAGGGAAACUUCUCGGCAUCAUCAGGUAGGAGGCGGCAGAACAAGUGGGCCUGAGUGGGAGGAAGAGUUUGUGUCGUAGACUGUGUAGGCCUGAUGGGUGAAACUCCAGCUGAGAGAUGAUAAUGGCAACUCCGGGCCAACUCUUCUCCUCUCCCACCUGCAUCGGCUGCAGAGGACCCGGGAGGUGCUAGCUGAAGCUGAUCAGAGCCCAGCGGGAUGAUGGUGUGAUCAGGGUCCGGCUGGAAGACCCCUCUUUCAUCCUUCACCUCCUUUCAUUGAAAACAGAGGUGGGGCCUCCUUUUCCAGCCUCUUCACCCCCAAACUCCUUGGUACAGGUGUGCGAUACGCCAUAUUUUGGUAUCGAUCCAAUUAAAUACAGCGCCAGCAUCGCUGAUGUUAGAUACUGAUAUUUUUAUUAAGUUUGAUACAUCAUCAAAAUUAGUGUUUUUGUGAUUUUUUUUCGCCCUUUAUUUUGUUAAAACCUAGGUAAGAAUUUGGACCCCUGUAAAGGUGUGCUAUAAUAUAUUGAUAUUGAUCCAAGUAAAUACAGCAGCAGUAUCUCUGAUACAGAUACCGAUAUUUUUAUUAUUUAAGUUUGAUACUUCAUCAAACUUUGUGUUUUUUUUUCUCCUUUGAAUUAUUUCAUUAAAAUCUAGGACAGAAUUCGGACCCCAGUGAAGGUGCACGAUAACAUUAAUCAAAGUAAAUACGGUGGCUCUACCGCCGAUAUCAAUACAGAUAUUGAUAUCUUUGUUAUCUAAGUUUGAUACUUCAUCAAACUUUAUGUAUUUUUUCCUCAUUUGAAUUACUUUGAUAAAACCUAGGAUAGAAUUUGGGCCCCAGUAGAAGUGUGCGAUAUGGCAUAUUUUUAUUCCAGUCCAAGUAAAUACAGCGGCAGUAUCGCCAAUACAGACACCGGCAAUAACUAUAUUGCCAAUAUUUUUAUAAUUUAAGUUGGAUACAUCACCAAACUUUGUGUUUUUGUGGGUAUUUUCCCCAGUUUUAAUUAUUUUGUUGAAACUUAGGACAGAAUUUGGGGAAAGUUUAUUUAGGGGUGUUUUGAUCUGCAGUGAAAACGUUUUGACUGACAGACCCAGAUCGGCCAAAAUUCGGAAUCUGCUGAUCUGGCUUUUUAAAGAUUGGUCAGAAAACUGCAAUCGGUUCAUCCCUCGUGUUUUUUUUUCUUUUAAUUAUUUUGUUAAAACCUACGACAGAAUUUGAACAACGUUUAUAUGUUAGAGUGCACCAAUAAAUUGAGUAGCUGAUACAUCAGUCCCAAUUUCCUUAAUUUUUGGAGAUUGAUGAUCGGCUGACUUUUUUCUACCUCAACAAAAGUCUAAAAAUCAGCCACUGUCCUCUUUUUUCUCUGCUGUGAAAAAGGUUUGACUGGCAGACUGGCCCACCCAGGCAUGGCUUCAUGUUUCCAGUUAACAGUAAUCUCCCCACUGCUACCAACUUAAUGACUUUUUUUAUUUUAUUUACCAACAUUUCAAACAUAAAAAACCCCUGAUAUCUGCCAAAAUUAGAAUCAGUAGACCACAGAUUGGCCAGAAAACUGCACUUUUGUGAUGUUUUUCCUUUGAAUUAUUCCAUAAAAAUAAAAUUUGGACUAAAUUUGUACAAAAUACUUUUAAUAACAUGAUAAACAGAAAGUAUAGAAGAACAGAACAAAUCUGUGUGCAUUUUAGCUAAAUAAACAAAAUCUUUGAGAAACUACAGUACCGAAAGUAAAAUAACCUGAAACUAAAGAAUCGAUCUGAUCGGUCUGAUCUUAUCUGUAUUUUUUGGAUCGAUCCGCCCACCUCUGGCACCAACCUGCCCUUCUUUUUCCUCCCUCUCUUUUCUUUUUCUUUUUUUUUUCUUUUUGUCGAGGCUUCGGGGGAAUUGCCAAGAGCUGUUUCAUGCAUGUCCACUGGCGGCAGGUUCAACUUUGACGAUGGGGGGUCAUACUGCGGAGGGUGGGAGGAGGGCAAGGCGCAUGGCUACGGGAUCUGCACGGGACCCAAGGGCCAGGGCGAGUACUGCGGCUCCUGGGCGCACGGCUUCGAGCUGCUCGGCGUCUACACCUGGCCAAGCGGGAACACCUACCAGGGCACCUGGGCCCAGGGGAAGAGGCACGGCCUGGGCGUGGAGAACAAAGGCCGCUGGGUGUACAAAGGCGAGUGGACGCACGGCUUUAAGGGACGCUACGGUGUGCGGGAGAGCACCGGGACGAGCGGGAAGUACGAGGGGACGUGGAACAACGGGCUGCAGGAUGGCUACGGGACGGAGACGUACUCGGACGGAGGAACAUUUCAGGGUCAGUGGGUCGGAGGGAUGCGUCACGGCUACGGCGUCCGGCAGAGCGUUCCAUACGGCAUGGCGGCCGUCAUCCGCUCUCCUUUACGCACCUCCAUAAACUCUCUCCGUUCUGGUUCGGAGCACAGCAACGGAACCGCGCUGCUGGACCGAACGGGCGCCCUGGUUCCGGGCCCGCCCACGGUUCCGGGAACUCUGACCACCAGCGUCUCCAUGUGCAGCACGGGCAGCAGCGGCAGCAGCCCAGCGGUGUCCCGCGGAGGCUUCGUGUUGACGGCGCACAGCGAGGCGGAGCUGCUGAAGGGGAAGAGGAAAGGAGGAUUGUUCCGGAGGUCCAUCCUGUCCGGCCUCAAGCUCAGGAAGUCCGAGUCCAGGAGCUCUCUGGCGUCGCAGAGGUCCAAACAGAGCUCGUUUCGGAGCGAGGCUGGGAUGAGCACCGUCUCCUCAGCUGCAUCGGACAUCAACUCCACCAUCAGCCUCGGAGACGCAGACGCAGAACUGGCGGUCGCGGACGACGACGUUGACGCCACAGCGACGGAGACGUACUGCGGGGAGUGGAAGAACGACAAGCGGACGGGAUUCGGCGUGAGUCGGCGGUCCGACGGGCUGCAGUACGAGGGCGAGUGGCUGAGCAACAAGCGACACGGCUACGGCUGCACCACGUUCCCCGACGGCACCAAGGAGGAAGGGAAAUACAAGCAGAACAUCCUGGUGAGCGGCAAGCGGAAGAACCUGAUCCCGCUCCGCGCCAGCAAAAUCCGGGAGAAGGUGGACCGAGCCGUGGAGGGGGCCCAGAAGGCGGCGGACAUCGCCCGGCAGAAGGCCGAGAUCGCUCUGUCCAGGACGGCUCACGCGCAGGGCAAAGCAGAGGCGGCGGUGGGAGCCGCGCAGAAAGCCCACGAGGAGAGUCGGAUGGCGAGGGUCACCGCCAAGCAGUUCUCCCCGUCCUUCCAGCACCCUGGAAACGGAAUGGAGGUUCAGCGACCCAAACGUCAGGUUUCCAGUGAAGUUGAGGGUGAGGGCCUGUCGAGUAGCGCCGGCACCGCGGAAAGCCCAGAUCUUUACACAAAAAGUGUUGGAUCUGAUGACCCCUCCAUCGAUGCCGCGACCCCCGACCUCAGCCCACCGUCUUCUUCACCUCCCCACACGCCGCCGCCACCUGCGCGACCGUCGCAGCGAAGCAAAAGCGCCCGAUUCCACCGGCAGAGCGCCGUGGACCACGGAGACCGGGGGAAGGACGGCGGUGAGAAAGGGGGAGAAAAGGGACACAUGGAGAUUCAAGUGCUGAUGGAGGGAGGCGGCGAGGGAGGACUGAAGCCGGAGAAUCCACGCGCCAACAGCUGGAGCGAGGACAGGAAGAGGGGGGUGCUGUCGAAAGGUGGCGGCGGGAUCAGUGGCCGUGGAGGAAGCCGGACCAACGGACACAAACACAGCUCCUCCAAUCACAAAUCGCGGGAGCACGGCUCGUCCAAUCACAGGCAGGCUAGGGGCGACAGGUGGACAGAGUCAUCUUCGUCCGCCACUUGGACGUCUGGGCACAGGGGGACGCACGGCAGGGGUGGCCGGCUGCUGGAGCAGGACGAGGAGAAGAUCAGCAACUACGAGAUGGAAAUGAAGCCUUUACAGCCCAGAGACUCCACUACCCACAAGCCCCAUGGGCACGGGGAGGAGCGGCACGGGCACGGAGAGGGGCGCUCCCACGGCGCGCCGCGGCAGAGGCACAAGAACCGGGAAGGGAGGGACGGGGGCAAGGACUCGACACACAAGGGGGAGAAAAUGGAGUCGCGGCCAAUACGACGAGACCUCACCCUGUCCCCGCCUCUGAAGUCCUCCCCCAUCAUACCCGACCGGCAGGACCUCAGCCUCACGCCCUGCAAGGUGAACUCGGCCUACAGCUCCAUCCUGGUUGCCAUGGUGAUUCUGCUCAACAUCGGAGUGGCUAUUUUGUUUAUCCACUUUUUUAUUUAAAGGCGGCGAUGCUUUCAGAGUCAACCUACCUAUGCCAGAAACACGACGAAAACCACGAGUAUUACAGCAAAUCUGCUGCCCCUCCGUGCGUCCCGGCCGACGGAAGACCCGGACCGAGGGCUGGAGAGGGAGAACCGAGGCCGAGCCGGGUCCGGUCCGGGUGGAGGAAGAGCUGAGGCCAAAGAAUAGGACAGCAGGUUUGGUCCAGGGAGGAACCUGGACUUGUGUGACCCAAAUGGGCUGACUUGAACACACAGACAGGACUGGCAGACUUUUUCAUUGUUAAAUCAUAGUUUUCGACAGAUUUGUAACUUCAGAUUUAUUUAUUGACUUUUUUUUCUUCCCAUGUGCAAUAUGUUGAUGGUUGUAUUGUUUAUUUUUGCAACUCACCCUCUUCUCUCUGACCCCCCUGCCUUUUAGUUCCUCCACCUCCCCAGCGGCUGUUACUGAUGGUACAGGUGGUGAAACCCGGGCGGUGAAACCCUCAUUUCACCUCGUUUGUCAUGCAUGUGUGCAUGUGCGUGUGUGUGUGGGUGUGUGGGUGUGUGUGUGUGUGGGUGGGUGUGUGUGUGUGUGUGUGUGUUCUCCAGUUGCAUCCAGAGUUGGGCAGAAUAGCACUACUUAUUUAUACAUAUUUUUAUUCGAGUAAAAGUAAAAAGUAUUCUUUCAAGAAAUUACUCAAGAGGAAAAGUCUACUCAAGUACUGGGCAACUGAUCAAAUUAUCAAUCAUUUAAUGUUUAAAAAAUACAUUAUCAGAUGGACCAAAAGUUAAGUGGAAUUUCUGGUAUUUUAAGGACAAAAAAUAAAAAUUAUUCUUAUAAGUGACAAAAACUAAAAUAUAUAUUUUUUCCAAACCAGUUUCUUUCAAUGAAAAAAACUUCUGAAAUUUUUACAAAAACUGCAGGUCUGUGUCUGUGUCUGGUGAACCUUUGACUAAAUUGUUUGAUUUUCAUUGAGAGGGUAGAAAAUCCAGAAAGCAGCGAUACUUCAUAAUAAAAAUUACUCAAGUAAAAGUAAACAGUACAGUAUAGUAAAAAUAUUUCUAAAGGUAUUUUUUUCAAAAAGUUACUCAAGCAAAUGUAACUAGUUACUACCGAACUCUUUGCAUCUGAAUGUUAUGAAUAUUAUCAAGCAAUUAUCAAUAUUACAAGGUAACAGCAUAAUACUUUCUGCUCUCCUACAAACACGUCAGUGAAAGGACGAAGUAGGGUUGCCAAAUGUCCCGUAAUUUAAGCCGCUCUGAUUUUGACUACAGCCUCCAAUUGGGAUUUCCAAACAGUAGAUGGCGCUACUCUCCUUACUUACCUAGACCCAGACAAAAAUUUAAUGUCGAAGUAGAAAGCUCUGCGCAAAUGUGCUUUUACUGCAAACAUUCUUGUGGUCAGAAGUGACAGCUUAUUUGGAAACAAUUAUUUUAGAAAUCUACAACAAACGGGAGACUCUGCAACUGCAAAAAGUAAUGGGAGCAAAAUAAUUUGUGGGUUAAACUUGUCAGUGAUCAAAUUUUUUGCAGUUUGCCGUCAGUUUUCAACAUGGAGGUGAAAACGAUUAAUCUCAGCUGUUUACAUAAAACUUAAUGAUAAGUAAUGUGCUUUUGACCAACAAUGCAGGUUGGUAUUGCAUUAGUUUUUAAUUGUAUCUACACUUUGCUGGAAGAUGCAGACUUUAAAAAUCCUUCUGCUUACUGGGGACAUAAUCAGAUGAAAACGUAAGGAAAUUAAUAAUAAUUAGUAUUUAUUAACUUUAACUGUCUCCUCAAAUACUAUCACAUGCAGGUCAAUGGGGACAUCGGCGUCCUCAUGGCAGUUAAAGGAUUAAGAAAUAUUGUUCGAUGACGUCACAAUCGACACAUUAGGUCAUUAAGCCUCACACCUGAUGUAGCUGUCCCGCAUUUUGGGGCCGCUGAGUUUUCAAGUGUAAUACAUCUCAAAUCUUCUUUGAGUUGAAUAUUUGAAAUUAAAAAUCCAUAGCAACGUUUGGAUGAGCAAUGCUAAAAGUAUUAGCAUUUCCUCCGUCAUCCAGAGGAAGUUAGCUAAACAGCUAGCUAACGCUUGAGUUGGAAAUAACCCAUUCUUUGAUUAUUUUGUCGCUAAAUUCACAAAUAGUUUCCAACUUUUUUUCUUUUCUUUUUUUACCAGAAGAGCAUCCCAAAAUUACAAGAAGGUCAUUUAAAAAGCUUGGAUAUAUUUAUUAAAGCCUGACAAGACAAGCUCAGCAAGUCUGUGAUUCUUUCCUUGAAAAAGACUCAGUCGUUUCAAAGAACUGCUAUUGAUAAUUUGGUGAUGAAGUGUUAAAAGACAACGUAUUUCCUUAUCUCUAAAACCAAUACAGAACUUAAGAUGCUCAACAUUCCUAAACGUUUUUGUGUAGCAGUUUAUAUAACAUUGCAACAUUAUCCUGGCAUUAUUUAUAUUGACUUUCUUUUCUUUCAACUUUAUUUUUGUGUUGCUAAAACUUUAUUCUGUUAAUAUUAUGACUUUUUCCUGUAGUGCCAAUUCCUAUUGGCACUACUAUUCAAUCAUUUGACCUGAAUUCAAAGUGUAAAUAAACAAACCGUAAAACACGCUUUUCAAACAAGAUGGCCGCCCUGACAUCACCCCAACCACGUAAACACAAAGAGUGGUGAAAAAAAUCCAUGUUUUCAAACGGCCAGUGAUAGUAUGACUAUUUGAUUUGUUUGGACUGGGACACCCAAGGUGUAAUGAAGUACUUUUGGAUUCUCCUGCAGCUAUUUGACAUUUUACCCAUCAGAGAUCUCCAUCGGCACCAAAUUACUUGUUUUCACUGCUUGUAAAAUCUUUAAGUGCGUCCAAUGUAACAUUUCUGUUCCUCACUGCAAAAAUAUUAACAGCAUCUGUUUUUAUGUACCUGCAUAUGUUUCCAUUCUUCUUGCACACCGUGUUUGAUACCAUCAAUAACGGCGUCCAGGGGGGCCGAGAGGACUUUGAAGGUUUCUUUUCUCUUCUUCUUUUUUUUUUAUUUUUAUUGUUUUUAAUAGUCCGAGAGCAUUUCUUAAACUUGGGGUUGGAGCAGAAACUAAAGGCUGUGGGUUCACUUCUGGCGUUCCUCCAACUUAUUCCAACUACAGCUGAGUCGGAUGUGCCUGCAGCCUGAGAGGCAGAACAAUAGAUUUUUAUUUUAUUAUGGGUCCCAGGAAGAAUUUCAGAGGCUCUGCUGUAUGCCGUCAGCCUGGUGACGAUGCCCUGCGCCACCGUUUUAGUCUGCAGCAUGCCACAGCAUGCCAAGCUCUUUCUAUAUAGGUUUGAAUCUCUUCUUUCUUUCCUUCUUUCUUUCUUUCUUCCUUUCUUUCUUUCUGGGAAAUACUCUGUUUUUGUUUUUCAGUUGUGUGGAGAAAAUAAUGAAAGUGUUUCAAAGAAAACAUUUUGCCUCCCGUGUAUUUUUAUAAGUACA